GGUUGUGUCACAUUGUUUUUUGUUCUACUUGAUGUUGUAUGCAGUGCAUUUGCUGUAAUUGGGUUUUCACCGGAUUUGAUUGUCUAUGCUGCUAUGAUGGCUGGGCUUGUUUUCUCUGUUAUUUUUGCCAAUGCAAUCAUUAUUUGCAACAUUGCUAUUGUGAUCUCAGUGUUGGAGGAUGUUUCGGGACCGCAGGCAAUGCUGCGGUCCAGUGUGUUGAUUAAGGGCCAGACUCAAGUGGGUCUUUUGAUAUUUCUUGGAUCCACAAUUGGGAUGGCCUUUAUUGAGGGGUUGUUUGAGCACAGAGUGAAGACCCUGAGCUAUGGGGAUGGGUCUUCGAGGAUAUGGGAAGGGCCUCUUUUAGUGAUCAUGUAUUCCUUUAUGGUGCUCAUUGAUUCUAUGAUGAGUGCAGUUUUCUACUUCAGUUGUAGAUCUUCCAACGUGGAAGCUUUGGACGGUGAAGGGCACUCAAUACUAGAAACAAUGGCUGUUUCUGCUGAAAGGAUGGUCAUUCACUGAUGUUUACAAAUCUCAGUAGAAUACUUUUGAUUGAAUAACAUGAUGAUGGGAGCACCAAGAAACAAUUAGGAUUUGCAUGAUCUCACCAGUGAUGAGGAACAAU